AUGUUAAUACGCGAAGAAGAAUGGAGCAAGAAUGUGGAAGAACUGGCUUUGGGAAACUCCAAGGCUCUAAAUGCGUUGUUCAAUGGAAUAGACAAGAAUAUAUUCAGACUUGUGCAGCACUGUGAUCUGGCCAAAGAUGUGUGGGAUAUUCUCAAAACAACUCAUGAAGGCACAUCUAAGGUGAAGAUGUCUAGACUUCAGAUGUUAACUACUAAGUUUGAAAAUCUCAGGAUGAAAGAGGAUGAGACCAUUCAUGAUUUCUACAUGAAUAUACUUGAAAUUGCCAAUGCCUCUGGAGCUUUAGGAGAAAAAAUGUCUGAAGAAAAUCUAGUAAGAAAGAUUCUCAGAUCACUACCUAAGAGAUUUGCUAUGAAGGUUACUUCAAUAGAAGAAUCUCAGGAUAUUAGCAAAAUGAAGGUAGAUGAACUCAUUGGUUCCCUCCAAACAUUUGAGAUGAGUAUAUGUGACAAUGGUGAAAAGAAGAACAAAAGCAAAACUUUUGUAUCUAACACUGAUGAAGACUCAAAGGAGAGCUAUGGUGGGAGUAAUGAGAAUCUAUCAGAAGCCAUAGCCAUGCUUGGAAGACAAUUCAAUAACAAGUCGUAUGACUCAAGUAGAAGAUAUAAAUUUGAAGAAAAGACCAACCAAGGCAAAUGGAUUCAAUACCAUGGAUGUGAAGGGUAUGGCCACAUUAGAACUGAAUGCCCCACCUUCCUCAAGGAGCAAAAGAAAGGGCUUUCUGUCACUUGGUCUAAUGGAGAUUUUGAGAGUGAGUCUCAAGAGGAAACUGCAAAACACAUCACAGUGCUAACGAGUGUAUGUGCAUCCGAUGAUGACUCCAAUGAGGAUGAACUGACGUUUGAUGAGCUUGCAGCCUCAUAUAAAGAUCUAUGUGUCAGGAGUGCUGAAGUUGGACAGAGAUCAGGAGACACGCCUGGAAUAGAAUUUGGGGGCAAAUCAUAUGUCAUUUUAAGGUCAAAUCCUGAAGCUUGCAUGUCAAAUCAGAUACUAUUUGGAUACCCUAACAACACUCAUCAAGCCAAACGCAAACAGGUCACUCCUGUCAAAUAUCAACAAUGUGUUGUCAAGAGUGUUGCUCUAUUAGCCCACAUCUCUCUAAAAGUAUCAGCCAAAGAAGACUAG